UCAGUCCUGAGUAAACCUAUCUCUCGCCUUCUCGUCUGCUUGUCGUUUUGUCAAAUAUGAGAUGAAGUUUCUAUGUUAAACGAACGUCAUCGUAAAUUAUUAAUUUUGGUGAUUAGUUUUCGUUAGUUUUUAACAUAAAGAAAAUAAAGCUAAGCUGACUGGAAAAAGGGAUUUAGAAUUUGGACUUGAAGAUUGAGACUUCGAAAAAGAACUUCCGACGUUUGUUCUGUAACGAUGCAGAUUCUGUUGCUGUGUGUGCUGGCGGUGCUCAGCAAUCCAUGCUGUGCGACUUCUUCUCUGGAAAGUCGCCUACAAAACGACUUCUUGGCAGCCAUGUCGUGGGCUCUGCUAGAAAUCGACCCUUACGAGGCCGUCUUGGGCAGGCACUUCAACUCCACAAACUCUACGGAGCAGCAACCCUUCGUUGACGGACAAGACGAAGGUUACACCACCCGGCCAUCGUACCCCGAGCUGAACGACACCUCCAUGGGCCGUUCGCUGGUCGACCCCGAAAGUCUUGACUCUCCAGACCCUACAAGCAGCAAGCCAAUGCUGCGCUCCCUCUUCUUCAGCUUCCAAGGGCGCCGCCCUAGGUUGAGGUUUGAGAUUCGUUUGCUGAAGUGGACACUCUUCGAGCUCUACGACAGGACCAACGUGAUUUUUUUCCUUGGCACGCAAGUGAACGGCUUUCUAGAGGACAUCUUAAGGCUGAAGGACAGAGGCCUAGAGAGAAAUUCGUUCCUGUCUUCCCUGGAGGAUAUAGUUAGUUUGAUUGGUGUGGACGGGCCAGCAUGCGUGCACAGGAUGAUGUGUGAGCUCGGGGCCGCACCCGCCCUCAAGUCCAGCGGCCUCUUCGGCGAGCUUGUUGACAUCACCGUCAGGCACGUGCUGAUGGAGAGCUACGCGCCGUUCCCUAACGACAUCCCCCUCGACACGAUUUCCCGCAAGUUUUCAGAAGACGCGCCCUUUGACGGGGAGGACUCGGCCGUCAGCUACCUAGACGCUGUGGCGGCAGGUCGCACUGGUGCGGACUGCGCCGCUACCUUCCCUCAGUGCCCUAUGUCCCUGCUUUCAAUGUUGAAAUUUGUGCAGGACUUUAAUUCGUAGGUCUCGAUAUAAAGCAUCUAGACACUGCAGCUUCAUAUAUUGAGACGUAUCAUGGCGGUUGAGGGUGUAAUCUGUGUGGAAAACCUUCAAAUGCCGCCUCAUUAUUAAAGGCGCACAGUGGUAAUUAAGACGUUCAAAACCUUAAGACUUAACGACAUUUGAAGAUAAAGCGCGAAAAGAGACAUUUUGGAAGGCAAAAUGAGAAAGGUUACAAUUUUAUAGCUCAAGAUUUCAGUACACUCAGUCGAGGAAAGUACAAGUUAACGACUAUAUGUAUAGGCUGAUAUGUUAAUAUGCAAGAUUUAUAAUACUAAAAAUCGGACAACUAAAUAAUUGGAUUGUUCAUGGCGUUAAAGAUGCUGAAAACAGCUAUUCAAAUUACGAUUAAAAGUAUUAUACAUAAGUACUCAACUUUUUACUAUAUUUUGUAGUUGGCGAUUGCAAGAGCUUCUCAACAGGUCCACACAGCAGUCAACUUUCACCAAAACAGUGCAUUUGUUGUAGAUUUACUGCUGACUUUCGGAAUUUCAUGUGUGGCUGUGGUCCAUGCUCAUUAAACAUUGCAUUGUUUAAUGAGUUCCAUUUCAACAUCAUGGAACUUCAAACAGGUCUUCGUUUGGCUUGGGCUUAAGCGGUUCAUGUCCAACUCGUGUCGAUGACGAAAUGUUGAAGUGAAUACAUCCUGUGGCUUAGCAAUUAUCAAGGCAAUAUCUGAAUUCGAAAUCAUAGCCUGAAUGAGUCAUACAAUUUAGCCUAUUAUAUCAUAUUAAUUUAUUUAUUUAUUUAGUUAUUAAGUUAUGUUUAAUAAUAAGAUAAUUUCAGUAACCUUUUUUUUGCGACUGGAAUUCCUCUAGGCGCAUGUGCUCAGUAGUCCAGUCAUGAACAUGGUAAUUAUUUCAGAAAAUCUAAUCCCCGUAAAUCCUGAGAACGCGUUUGUGGAUAUAGUCUUUAAUUAAGCUACAUUUUCCAAUAGAAAGUCAUAUAAACAGCAAAAACACUCAUUAAUGUAAGUUUUCAGUAAAUUUGUAAUGAGCUUGC